AUGAGAGCAAUCUUGAUCAAUUACAGCUCGAAUCGUAGCAAAAUUUUCUUUAAUUUCGUCCUACUGUGUCGUGGAAAUGUCAUCCAUCUGUGUAAUCUGUGUAUGGAAAGGUCUAAGGAUCUUGUCCACAAAAAAUCAAGAAAAGAUAGCGAAGAAUGA